AUGUCUUUGGACCACUCUGUUGUGGCUGUCUACCUAAAGGGGUCCUGGUGGUCCGUUGAAGACAUCCUAAGAACUUCUGAUCCCACCAGGGAAGGGAUCAUGAAGGUUCGGUCCUUCGGGGAAAGGAUUGUCCUUUAUGUUCUCAACACCAUUGUUUUUGGAAGACUGGAGAGAGAUCUGGAUGACGAUGACAUGUUUUUCUUACCUCACCCUGCGGAGGAGCAAGCUAAGAUUCUGUGGAGGGAUGGAGCGGCAGUUGGAUUUUAUUCAAUCAAAAUGAAAGGCAGCCUCUGUGGUACCAGCACCAGUGCGUGCUACCUGCUGCCUAUCUUCGAUACUGUGUUUGUGCGGAGGAAGAACCGAUGCCAAGGCCUGGGGACAGCCAUGCUGAGGGACUUCUGUGACACCUUUCGAGAAGAGGAAGCCCUGGGUAUCAGUUGCCCGAUUUCUCCUGCCAUGUACAAAGUCCUCAAGCAGUUCCUGUUGGCCCAUCCAGGCGAGAGAGGGCGCUUGUGGGAGGUGGAGUCCCCAGGGGCCUGGGGCCAGCGUGUCAACAUCUGGCUCAAUAUUCGUCUUCGGGAGGCAGGACUUCAUGAUGGGAGCACAGUGCACCCUGAAGGUUCCGAAGAGGACACAAACACUCCCAGGCAGACUUCCCGGGAUGAUGGACCCACACUGGUCCAUCAUGGAGAAAGCCCUAAGGAGUGGGUCACUGCAGAACAGGAGACACAGGAUGACCAAGAAUGUGUCAAAGGAGAGGAGGAAGCUGGGAUGCCCCUGAGACCCUCCUGGGAUGAGACGGAGGAGAAGGGAGCGAAGAGGACAGUGGCAGCCGCUGGGCUGGUUGGUGAGCCAUGGCGGAAGCAUGUGCGGCAAGCUACCAACUCCUCGGAGGUUCAUCUGGCUUCACCAGGAUCUGAGCCUGAGGGUUUGAUGUGGCCCUGA